UUAUUAUUAUUAGUAGUAGUAGGAGUAGUAGUAGCAGCCUAGUAGUAGUACAGUAUUAUUAUCCCGUAACGUAUGAACGAGACUUUUAUUUUGAUGUGUGUUGAGGCGUCAUGCUGCACCAGGCUAGUGCUCAGCUGCGAGGUAAUUAUUCAUCUUAAACGUGACACGGUGAGCAAACCAGCAGGAAAAACUCCCAAGUGAAACAGCUGAGAGAUCUACUUUACAUAAUAUUAUAAACAUGGAAUUUAUUAAAGAAGAGAGUGAAGAAAUCAGUGUUUUGUUAACAGAAUCCAGUAAUUAAAGAUUAAAGCAAGCAGCAAUAACUCACAUCCUUCAUGAAACAAUACUGAAAAGAUGGAGUUAAUUAAAGAGGAGAGUGAAGACACGAGUGAUCCAGAAGCAAGCGAAAUAAAGGAUGCUGAGCAACAAACAGAGCUGAUGGAGGUGAAAGAGGAGAGUCAAGAGCUGAAUGAAGUGGAAGAGGAGCAUCAGUAUCGGUCCGGACAUGAGUCUUUAAAUGGCUCACAGACGGUAAAGAGUUUGUCACAAAACAGAAGAUCCAAGACUUCUCUUGCCUGCCCUCAAUGUGGAAAGAGUUUCACGCAAAAGAGUCACCUUAAGGCUCACAUAAGGAUUCACACGGGAGAGAAGCCGUUCACCUGCCAACAGUGUGGAAAGAGCUUCACACAGAAAGGAAACCUUAAGGAUCACGUACGGAUUCACACCGGAGAGAAACCUUUCACAUGCCGUCAGUGCGGCAUGAGCUUCACCUAUAAAAGAGGCCUUAACGAUCACGUAGGCAUUCACACCGGAGAGAGUCCCUUCACCUGCCCGCAGUGUGGGAGCAGAUUCACUCAUAAAAGUGACCUGAAGAGACACAGAAGGAUUCACACCGGAGAGCGUCCUCACACCUGUCACCUGUGUCCGAAGAGCUUCACUCGAAAAGAGCAUCUGAAGACGCACACGAGGAUCCACACCAAAGAAAACCCUUACAUUUGCCCUCAGUGUGGACGCACCUUCAAACAUCUGAGUAACAUAACAAGACAUAUGACCGUUCAUUCAGAAAUAAAACUGCACCACUGAUCACAGAAGGCUUUGUUUCAUUUAAAAUCUAGAUAUAGCAAGAAACAGAAAAUAGCUGCAUUUUUUUAAAUAUCAACUUUUUUCAGAAAUCAUAUCUAGCAGUCACAGGACAAGUGAUUUUAUAUACUAAACAUCGUUUUGCAUGUUAUAUUAAAAUUUUAACAUCGGAUACCGGAUGCCAGAUCUUGAGGAAUCAAUUGUCAUUGAUAUUUUGACAUAAGAGUUUAAUGUAUUCCAACAACAGACUCCUUCUCACUCCAAAAAGAGCAUUUAUUAUUAUUCUGUCGUUCUCAAUUUGCAUAUCCCAUCAUCAGUAUGUAUACUGUAAAUACUGUGUAUAAUAUGUAUACUGUGUUCAGUAUUCUGUGUAUUGUGUAUAUUGUAUUCGGCCUGACUGCACUGCAGUGUUGAUGGUCCGUGCACACACUAGAGAUUUUUACACACUGUAUAUAUAUAUAUAUAUAUAUAUAUAUAAAGACAUUAAUCUGAUUUGAUUACAGAUCUGCCUGCUCUCUUAUAAGAAACAUUUUUUCGAAAAGGCAAAUAUGUAUUUUAUUUUGCCAAUUCAUUUUGUUAUUUUGAUAAGGUAAAGGACAUUAUUUUGCUUCUGUGUUGAAUACAAAAUGUGCUUAAUAACACAAUUACAUAAAUCAACAAGAAACUGACACCGAGUGCACAUAGCAGACACAUGUAAACCCAAUUAAAUACAGACUUACAAAAAAGUGUGUGUGUGUGUGUGUGUGUGUAAGCCCUUUGUACAUUUUUGUGAUUUUUGUCAAAUAAAACCUCAAGGAUCUGAACGUUUGAAAGUGAAGAAUUUAAUGUAACUUAAUGUAAUGUAACUUGUGAAAAAUAAAAUGAAA